CAGAUUUUCAGCUGUAAUCGGAGUUUAUUUUUCUUUUUUUUUCUUAUGCUGGCAGUUUUUCCUCCCAAAUUUUCUGGUAUAGGAUUCACUUAAUCACUUAAACAACUUCUCAGAAGAAAUGUUAGAAAAAUUCAGAUUCAUUAUUCAAAAUUUCUGAAAUAAACUGAGAAAACAUUUAUUUUACAUAUAUUUCUUAUCCUUAAUCAAAUUCCGUUCUAAAUUGAAUUUCCGAAAACAAGUUAACGAAAUCGUGGUCAAAAGAGUCUUGAACUAUCAAUUUAAUAAUAACUGUAUAAAGAUUAAAACUUCCACCCUUGAAAGCUAUUGUUAUAAUAAAUUUUGCUGCUUCAACUAUCUCAUUUCAAGUUGUUUAUUUUUUUUAGUGAUAAGUUCGAAUAUAUUAUCGAAACAAACUGAAAAAUGAGAACGAGCUUCUUUCGCAUAUCUUCACUCGUUGCUUUUACACUCGGUUUUCUUCAGUUCGCAAACGUGAACGGAUAUUUGAUUGACAGAUCAGAUAAAAUAGAACCUUUUUAUAAUGAGGGCACAAGUAGUCACUUGACUCUCAAACGAGGAGCGGAGGAUACUUUCGAGAUGACGAAUCCGGCUGACCACGGUUCGAUUCCAGAGGUGCGAAAAAGAACUCUGAUGGUGCGGGGCAUCAAACACUACAAAACAUCGAUGAUCUGUGGACAUGGGGAAGUGUGCAAAGUGCCCGGGGUGCCUGCGUUCGAGUGUCUCUGUCCCCUCCACACAUACUGCACAGCACAAGGAAAAUGGUACAACUCGGUGUGUGGGAGCUCCCUGUACAGUUUAGUGUAUAAACAGAGAGGGUGAUUAAGCAUCUCACGCCAUCUUUCAGUCAAUACCAGCCGCCAAAAUCAACCCGAGAAAAUCAAUACCAACCACGUCAUAAACUGCAUAAUGGAGAUACAAUCACAAUGAAAUUCAAAUUAAAAUUUGAACGCCUCAAAGCUUGAACACUACAGCGAACACAUGUGCUCCAGAAAAACAUGGAAAAGUCCCAGAAAACUGGUGCAAGUUUAAUUUUUGAAGAUAUUGUGAAAUUAAUGGGUUCAUUUGA